CUUCAAUGUUAAUGAUCGUGGAUGGGAUAUGCUUCAUAAACCAACGUUAAUCCAUCAUUUAACAAACAUAAAGAAAAUUGCCAUAAAAGAAAAAAAUCAAUACAUGGUAUUUACUACUUACAUCUGACUACAUAAGUAGGUAUUUAUAUAUAUAUAAAUAUACAUUUAUUUAAUGAACUAUUAUCUUUUUUUUCCGUAAUAGAUAAUGUUAAGCCAAAUUUUGUUGUAAUAUAAAUAAUCUAAAAUAUGUUUCACAAAUAAAAAAUGAAUAUCAAUAUUACUGGUUCAAACGCAAAAAGGGGGGGGGGGGGUUGCUCUGGGGGGCGGGCGGGGGCAAAUGAUGAAUUGGGCUUAAUUUCUAUUAAAAUAAUUUUUUUUAAAAAUCUCGAAAAUAAGUUUUUAAUAAUCUAAAAUAUGUUUCACAAAUAAAAAAUGAAUAUCAAUAUUACUGGUUCAAACGCAAAAAGGGGGGGGGGGGUUGCUCUGGGGGGCGGGAGGGGGCAAAUGAUGAAUUGGGCUUAAUUUCUAUUAAAAUAAUUUUUUUUAAAAAUCUCGAAAAUAAGUUUUUCAUUGCUUCGCUGAUGCUAGCCUUGGUGAGUUGGUACUAGCCUUGGUGAGUUGAUGCUAGCCUUGGUGAGUUGGUAAUAGCCUUGGUGAGUUGAUGCUAGCCUUGGUGAGUUGAUGCUAGCCUUUGUGAGUUGAUGCUAGCCUUGGUGAGUUGAUGUUAGUCUUGGUGAGUUGAUACUAGAUUUGGUGAGUUAUGCUAGCUUUGGUGAGUUAUGCUAGCUUUGGUGAGUUAUGUUAGCUUUGGUGAGAUAAUGCUAGCCUUGGUGAGGUGAUCCUAGCCUUGGUGAGUUGAUACUAGCUUUGGUGAGUUGAUACUAGCUUUGGUGAGUUAUGCUAGCUUUGGUGAGUUGAUGCUAGCCUUGGUGAGCUGAUGCUGGCCUUGGUGAGUUGAUGCUAGCUUUGGUGAGUUGUGCUAGCUUUGGUGAGCUAUCCUAGCUUUGGUGAGUUAUGCAAGUUUUGGUGAGCUGAUGCUGGCCUUGGUGAGCUAUGCUAGCUUUGAUGAGUUAUGGAAGAUUUGGUGAGCUGAUGCUGGCCUUGGUGAGGUGAUGCUACCCUUGGUGAGGUGAUGCUACCCUUGGUGAGGUGAUGCUACCCUUGGUGAGGUGACCCUAGUCUUAGUGAGGUGACGCUAGCCUUUGUGAUUUGAUUCGGUUUUGGAUUUUUCAAGCAAGCUACAAGUAGCGCUCUAACCAAACCACGGACCAAGGUGCUCUGCAUGAUGGGCCACUGGUAAACGGUUAUUCCACCAAUGUUAAUUUAGACACGCUAUAGCCAUGUUAUUAGACAUGGACACAUGACACCUGUCAUAUUUCAGAACAUUUUUGUAUUUUUAGUGGAGAAGGAAGAAAACGGAAUAUGUAUCGCUGCUAAGUUUUUUUUUUAAUAAAUAGAUUUUAACAAACUAAUUUGAACUUUAUCUGAAAUUUUAGGAAAAAAAAACACAAAUAAUUUAAAAAACUUUUACUACCUUUUACAACAUUAUCAUGAUUAUACACUUUGUAUUGCAACAAAACUAUUAAUUUUUAUUGCAAAGGUGAAUUCAACCACAAAAUUAUUUAAAUGCAUUAAAAACAAAGAAGAAUAAAUUCCACAGCAUUAACACCCACUUCGCUCCUUCAGUUUUACAACUGUUCGUAAAUUAGGCUGAGCGUAUUUAAAUGGUCCUAGUACUUUGACAUAUGAAAGUAUCAGGAUAAAAAUGUUAACAUGUGCAGCAAAAUAUGACACGAACAAGACCAGCAUGUCUGUUAUAAUAUCAACAUAUGACACAAACAAGACCAACAUGUCUGUUAUAAUGGCAACAUAUGACAUAAAAAACACCAACAUGUCUGUUAUAAUAUCAACAUAUAACACAAACCAUACCAACAAGUCUGUUAUAAUAUCAACAUAUUACACAAACAACACCAGCAUGUCUGUUAUAAAAUCAACAUAUGACACAAACAACACCAACAUGUCUGUUAUAAUAUCAACAUAUUACACAAACAUCACCAGCAAGUCUGUUAUAAUAUCAACAUAUGACACAAACAACUCCAACAGGUCUGUUAAAUUAUCAACAUAUGACACAAACCAUACCAACAAGUCUGUUAUAAUAUCAACAUAUUAUAAAAACAACACCAACAAGUCUGUUAUAAUAUCAACAUAUAACACAAACAACACCAACAUGUCUGUUAAAUUAUCAACAUAUGACACAAACAAGACCAACAUGUCUGUUAAAAUAUCAACAUAUAACACAAACAAACCAACAUGUCUGUUAUAAUAUGAACAUUUGACACAAACAACACCAGCAUGUCUGUUAUAAUAUCAACAUAUGACACAAACAACACCAGCAUGUCUGAUGUAAUAUCAACAUAUGACACCAGCGAGACAUAACAUCAACGCAUGACACAGUCAUCGUAGACAACAGACGAGUCAAAACAGUGUCACUCUUUGAAAUAAAAUAAAUGGAUUACCGUUGCCACUAAUUGUGAUGACCUCGAUACUGUACCGACAGUCAGCAAAACAAUAUAAUCUUUUAUGUUCGUUGGCCUUGUCCAUGGCCGUUCCAUACUGUUCCCGGGUCAAUAGAUUCGAUUUAUCAUUAGGUGGUCUGCGGGCAGUGGCGUGGGGACGUGCCGUUAGACACGGUUCAUUGAGCAUGGAUCAAUUCAACAGAUCUGUCUGUCGAUACAUUCUACAAGGCAAGUUACUUAAGACCGAAUGUAACGACCGUAAAAAUAGCAGCUACUUACCAGCUAUGGAAAAUCUCAUUAACACAUUAUAAUAAUUAUAAGAGACGUGGUCACUCUCCUGGAAGAUGUCGAGUAUGCUCUUCUGUGCCAUUGAAACCUAUAGAGAGACCCGGUAAUCAGGAAUCUGCUAGAAACUGCCAACUAUAAAAACGGAUCCCACUACAAGUAAAGAUUAAAUUUUUAUGAUUUUGCUCGUUGGGGAGGCAGGUUUUUUUUUUGGGAGGGGGGGGGGCGGGUAUAAUCAGCUGUAUGAGCCUAACUUUAAAAUAAUAAAACAAGAAUACCUAUAAAUCCAUUUGAUAUAUAUUGAAUUUUAAACAAACUAAUGAUCGCAUAAAAUUUUAAUUCAAAGCAUACUGUUACAAAUACUCGAACCUGUCACAAAUUACUAGGCUGAGAGGGGAAAUGACAAAAGAAAUUUUAAAUAACAAAUGGCUUUUCAGAAAUUUUAAUAAAUGACAUUCUCCCUUUCAACAAUUUCACGAUUUCUUUCCAUCUAAAUCUGCUCCCAGCAACUGUCUAUAGUUCAUCUGUGAGAUUUAACUAGUUUUUUAUGCAUCUCUUACCAAGAUAUCUUUGUCAAGUUUGCCUGAAUUCGAAAUAGUUUUCGAUCCAUUGGACACCUUAGAUCCUUCGAAGACAAUUCGCUUUCUCGUUGCCAAAAUUUACCUGAGAUUUGACAACAUAUUCGAGUAAUUUGACCAAAAAAGCAUUGUCUUCUUAGUGAUUCAUCACAUGGGGCUUUACAUUAAAUUAAGUUAAAUUAAGAAGAUUGACCACACAGCCCUUCACAAACAGAUUGAAUUCAAACGAGUAGAAUUGGAAUAAAUACCUUACAUAAAUCUGAACACCAACCAAAAUAAAUUAAUAAACAGACUGCUUAUUUGCGAGCAAGUAAAGCAUUUAAAAAAAAAAAAAAACACCGUUGCUACACUCAUUUCUAUUUGUACCCUUAAGAGUUUUCAGAAAUGCAGUAAACACCUCUAUGAAAUUAAAUUAAGUUAAAUUAAGAAGAUUGACCACACAGCCCUUCAAAAACAGAUUGAAUUCAAACGAGUAAAAUUGGAAUAAAUACCUUACAUAAAUCUGAACACCAACCAAAAUAAAUUAAUAAACAGACUGCUUAUUUGCGAGCAAGUAAAGCAUUUAAAAAAAAAAAAAAAACACCGUUGCUACACUCAUUUCUAUUUGUACCCUUAAGAGUUUUCAGAAAUGCAGUAAACACCUCUAUGAGUGCUAAACAUUGCUGAUAUUUGACGCUAAUUGCCUUAUGAUUAAUUGAAUAACGACUUACAGCUAACUGCUGUACAGGAUCUGACGGAAUUUAUUGACAGAAAUGAUAGAAUCGAGAGGGAUACAUUUGUUCUUUAAGGGAGUCAUUACAUUUCGUUCUGAGAACGCUGCAAGGAAUUUCUCCGAACAAACUUUGUGUGUCCAGAGGGAUGUAUCUCGUUGUACGGCCUUUUAUUUUGAAACACAAUCAAAACAACUUUCGGGAUGGGACGCUAGGCAACGCUGAGGUGGUCGAUAACCACUGCUAACUAAGCUAACUGCUGCUAAAUACUGUUAACAACUGUUAACGAUUGCUUACUACUGAUAAUUUACUGCUAACUAUUGCUAACUACUGAUAACUAUUGCUAAUAAUACUGAUAACUGAUGAUAACUAUUGCUAACCACUGAUAACUAAUGCUAACUAAUGGUAACCACUGAUAACUAACGCUAACUAUUGGUAAUCACUGAUAAAUACUGCUAACUACUGGUAACUAAUGAUAACUACUGCUAACUGCUGCUAACUGCUGCUAACUCCUGCUAGCGCCAUAAAAGAAAUCUCCUUAAAUAAUGAAUGUAUUUAAUUCUUUAAAAAAAAAUGAUUAUACUUUUUAAGACAUAAAACACGCGUGUAUACAAUAUUCAAAACAAAACUACGCGACUUUCUCACACAUAGUUUUUAUUUCUAUGUAUAUUUGAUACCAGAAUUGUUAGAAUGAACAUGUUGUUAUGUUCAAUUAGAACUCGUUUGAGAAUCGAUCCUAUUCUUUAAAUAUAUAUAUACAUGCCUAUUUGGAUCAGUGUAAUCAAGCCUUUUGUUAUGUUCUGUUCGUUAAAGAGCCACGGUAAAAACAACGGAUUGCAUUAAUUAAUCCUUAUAACGGUACGUAGCCCUGCACGUAUCAAUGACGAGCCCAGGCUAUACAUAACGGUGCCGUUGCUGGCUGACCUCGAUCAGGCUAGAUUAACAUUGUAACAGGGUUCGGGGGGGGGGGGGGGUUUANAAUGCACUAAGUUCACUACGCAUUAAACAGUAUACGCUCUUGACGGGGGUUGGUGAGUAAAAAGAAAUAUUACAUUUCAAAAAAUAUUGUAAAUAUAUCCAUACACAAAAAAAAAAAAAAAACACCCAAAAAACAAAACAAAAAACCCAACCCAAAGCUUAAGUUGGGAAAGGGGCCGGGUCAUCAUGCUGUGAGGGGUAGGAAGGUCGAGGUCAGAAUAACAAGCUUAGCGUUAUCAUAAAUGGAGGGUGGACGAGCCAAAAAUGUGCAGGCGACAAUCAGAGCUUAGUGGGUUCAACAACGUUGAUAGGAGCCAUGAUUCAACAUGUUCCUCUCAAUACAUACUUUUAUAAUAACUUUGAAGACCAGAAAUAAGUUUCUAUUCCGAUAAACAUUUUCAUGAAUAGAAAAGGAUGUGUAGGGGGAACGUAAGUGCUCCCUUGAAUCCAUCAUUGUUUUACAAUAAUUAUAAAUAUUUAUAAGAUAACGUUUUAAAUAUACAUUAUUUAAUAAUUUAAUACAUAACUAUCCUGCAGUCUUUUGCAACCAGUCUUUUUGUAACAUACCCAGAAGAAAUAUCUAGACCAGGGGUGGGCAAACUUUUUACGUGGAGGGUCACAUUGACAAAUGUAAAGAUAUUGGGGGGCCGCAUGGAUAUUAUUUCUAAUUUUUACAUGUCGAUAAACAUUUCUCUUUAUUAAAAUCAGUAAAUUCGCAUUUUAGCAUUACAUGUCAAAAGUUAAGGACUAUUAAAAAAAAAAAGAAAAGAAAAUAAGAAAGAAAGUUGAUCAAAAAUGUUAAAACAAUCAUAACGGUACAUGAAAUUCUGUAAAAUUCAACAAAACAAAUUAAAAACAAAGUAAUUUUUUAAAAUUUCUAAAUGCCUUCGAGGGCCGCAUAAUAUCAGUUGCCUGACCGCAUGUGGCCCGUAGUUUGCCCACCCCUGAUCUAGGAGACUUAUCAAAAGACUAUUUCAGAACGAAAAGGCACAGACUGGUAGGGACGUUUUCGCCAACUUGCCGACUCCUAGCAGACAAUACCCAUGGUGGGAGUUAAGUCGCAGGCAGCAGAGUCUAGUGACACAGAUGCGCACUGAGCACGGUCCCACUGGCAACUUUUCAAAAAGCUACAUCAUAACGGGGACCGUACCUGCCGGCAUUGCAGCCUGGUCCGAAAACACGAGCGCAUCUGUUGACCGAGUGUCCCUCACUAGAUGGUCCGGGGGAGGCCAGGGCGUCGGGAGAGCCCUACGUGAGGAGAAUGUUAUAUGGCUCAACUCAGCAGAUGGACCUGGUAGCCAAUGUACUUGCCGGGGUCAUAAGAUAGUAAUCUCAGACUCUCGCCAAAAUAUGUGUGUUAGUUAGGAGACAUAUCAAUAAGACAUAUCUAAAAGACUUGUCUCGAAGACAUAACUAGAAGACAUACAUAGAAGACAUAUCAAUAAAGACAUAUUUUAUAGUUAGUGGCAAAUCUUUUGAUAUAUAUAUAUUUUUUGCCUUGCAGGUUGGAAGAACACCACUAAAACAUUACGUGAAAUCACAUACUACUGUAGCUGCGUGACAUCACAUACUACUGUAGCUGCAACUGCGGAGAUCAUCACAAACACAAUUCGUGAUAUCACACACUACUAUACUUCGCCUGUACAGAUCACCAGUAACACAAAAUUACUCGCAAUCGUAUACUACUGUAGCUACGCCUGAAAAGAUUCAAAACGAAAUUCCACAUUUGUUACAGCUACAGCAAUGGCUGUCGCGUUUGACUAUGUGAUAGCGAGUAACAAUGGGACAGGAGCUAGUACUAUUGGCAGACCAGCUUCAGAGUGUUGUCAGUCGAGAAAUUGUUCCUCGUCUAUAGGACGCCCAAUUGUCCUCUAGCAGUCUCGACGGCAGUCUUGGGCCAUAACGAUGGUCGCUGAUGGAUGUGGCGUGUCAAAUUUAUUUCCUACAACUCGAUCGAUCUAAUCAAUGGACGAGGGCUGUUCAGUUCUAAUUUCUUCGUGAACAUAACACAACGUCAUUAUAGUUAUUACUAUGGAUGCACGAGAUCUUAGACAGGAUAUGAGCGCUUCAACAUCGGAAAGAUCAGCGGUCUACACUAAGAAAACGCCAUUUGUCAACAUCUCAUAAAUUUACAGACACGGUAUUUUUUUCGUGGUUUUGUUUUUUAGGUAAACUUCCAAAACUGGAAGGUGACGUUAUGAUAGUUCGGAUGGCGUCCAGCGACGAAGAAAUUCAUUGCGGCUACCAGCACGAAAGUAAGACUCGAACUCUUGUUGACAAAUUGCUGCAAGUCGAUGAAGUCAACUUUCUCCAAGAUAAGACGGGGAAAGACUCGGACAGAGAUGAUGAUUUGGACGAGUUGAUAACUGGCUGGAGGAACUCAUUCUUACUCCUCAAAUAUCCUUCUGCCUCGAGGCGCAACGAUGCGAAGAGAAAGUUCUCCAAAUCGCUUGGAGCGGAAGUCAUCCAGACGGAAAUAGCCGUACGCUGCAUCAACGAGGACUUCAGUUCGGAUCACUACAAAUCGCCGUGGAAAGCGAGCGUAGAACCAGGGACUUACAGGUACAUUGUCAAUAACGGGUACUACAGAACCGCCAAGUUCUCCGCCACCGGUCGGAGCUGGGUCACCGCAAAACGAUCGAGGAAACCAGAGCGCGGCUCCAUGUCCAACAAUGAGAUCAAACGCGCGCAGAAGUCCCUUAAAAGAGAUUUAGAUUUCAGAUUCGGUCAGAACCACGAUUCGCGCUCCCAGUCAGACGAGAUCGGUUCUUCUUCCGAGGGCAACACGGUCCAUGACGAGAUACCCCACGGCGGCAACACCACAGCCGGGGACGAUCAUGGGUUGAACGCGAGUCUGGUGCCACGAACCGUCUACGUGGAUGUCAACGCUGACGCUUUUCAUCACAUACACAGGGUUGAAAGUGCCCCUAACCUGAGCAGUAAAAACAGCGCUGACGGCGGGAGAGCCCGAUUUAGGGAGGAUGGUCUACUGCACGAAAAUGCACCGAACUUUCAAGCGCCUUACAGAAGUUCACAAUCCCCGUUCACCACCGCAACUUUCCUAAGGGCGGAGUCGACACUGAGACCUUUAGAAAAGUUGACACCACAGCAGAAGAUGAUCGAACGCCGGGCCAGUGAAUCCGAAAAGCACUCUAGCAUCGCAUGCAACGCUCAAACAAGUUUCAUCGCCACCAGAAAUGGUUUAAUUCUUCAGCCUGCUGCUCACAAUAGCAAGAAUCCGUUUUCCGACUGGCCUAAAACGGAUAUUUAUAACGGUAACGUCGACAAUGGCCUCGCUCUACUUUCUUACCUUAAAAAAGGCGCGGCGGCCUCUGGCGGAGGUGACGCGAAAUCAGUGAAAGACGCGUCGGCUAGCAAACCGACAACGAACGACUUGAGCCGGAUAUUAAGGGAGACUUCAAAAGUUUUAAAGUCAACCUUAGCCAACGGAAUCGCCAACCAUCAGGCCGCUGCACAGAAAAGAAACGGACAAGGCUAUAAAUAUUUUGGCUCGCAGUCCAAUGGCGCCCUGGGCGGCUUCUUGGGUUCAAAUUUGGCUUCUAAUGCCGACAAGGCGGCCAACUCGGGUUCAGACCAGUUUGGGAUCGGAAAUGCCCUGCCCCUUCCGGAGAUAUCCGGUAAAAGAAUUAUGAUGGAAAGCCAUCAGAGAACGUUAUAGCCCCAUUCCAAAACACGUUUUUAUUCCAAUGGUCGUUCCAAUAAACAUUGAAUCUGGAACUCACCCUUUGUGAACUUUUGUUGUUGUUGUUCAAAGAGUACCUGUCACGUCUACCUGGUUUCAAGUUCUUGUACAUGAAUUUCAAAUGAAAAUACGACUUACAAUAAUAAGUCAUAGUAUGAUGAUAAUAAUUGAUAAUUGACAUUGAAAUGAGUUAUCAUUGCUAGGAUUUAUAAUGGUGUGGAUCUAACUAAACUUAAAUACUUUAAAACUGGUGCGAAACAGCAUUUUUUGGGCAAUAUGUCCCCAGCCAAUGGAUAAAAGAAUCAAAUGGCAGUAAUUGUUAAAGAUUUACAGUUUUCUAAUAGGUCACUUCAUUCAAGUUUCAUGGUGCUUGAAACAAUCCUUUAAUAAUAAGAUAAUUUUAAUAAAGCUAGAGGAGAAAUUUGAAUAACUGCAUUACCUCAGUCAUGUUAUUUGUAUUUUUAUCAAAUGCUGAUGACAGAUUGGAGAGCUCAGCCGCAAAACAUGCAUUACUUGUUUCCAAUGCGUAAGAAUAAGCAAAUGUUAUUUUAUUAUUUCGUGGAAAAUAACAGUUUUAAAUGAUUUUGUUACUUUGGAAUGUGAACAUAAUAUUUUUUGCCCCCAC